CGGUCCGACCCGAUCUCUUCUUCCUUCUUCUCUCAACGCUCUUCCCCUUUGCCUUCGGUUCCUCCUCCGGAUUCUGUCCUUGCAUCGCAGGGACCUGGCAGGGCUGUUCAUCCGAGGGGAGGUGAUGAUGCUGCAGGAGUUCGUGCACAACGUCAUCGCCGUCAUCAAGGAGUCUGUGAAGACAUUCACAUAUGAGACGUUGAAUAACAUUGCGAGGUUGAUAAAUGGAAUAUCAGCACUCUUAUUGACGCUGAUACCAGGAAAGGCCAACAUUUUAGAAGGCGUCAGUGGCUGGGAACUUAGGCCAGCAUUUCGCGGGCCACGUCUUCCCCGUUGGAUGGAAAGUGGGGUCUCUUCAUUUAAUGAGUUCGUCCACGAACUUUCUGCCGAUUCUGAUUCUGAAUCAGUUGCUGACUCUAUCCCUGGGGAUGAUGACAAUGAAGAAUUUGUCUGCCCACCUUCUCCAUUGUCCCAAAGUUCACGAUUAUCACGCACAAGCAGCUUUAGUAGACAUGACCGUCGAUUAAGAAGGUCUAUCAAAUAUGGAGUUUCCUGGAUUAUUUGGCCUGUAAGAUUCUUCCUUUCAUUACUGUUCAUCGUGUUCAAUGCUGUCAAAUAUCGGAUAUCAAGGACAUCUGCUAAAGCCCCUGAGAGCCCCCAUCUAUCAAGGAGCAUAUCUGCCAAAAAACCAAUUCACAUGAAGGAUCAAGUCCUACAACGGACAACUGAUAGGAGGCGUGGAGUUUUUGAGGAUGUCCAUCUGGCAAUUGAGAUUUUCAUUGAAUCAAUUUUUGAUGUUGUUCAUAAAGGAGCACAUUAUGUUCUUUCUCCUUCUGAGGUGUGGCAGAAGUUAUUUUGCUGGAUUCGUGGAAACAGGAUUGGUCACAGUAGUUCAGUUGUUGAUGUACCAACAGCUAACAUUGGCAGUGAUAAUCCUGUUCCAACUGAAAGGAAGACCGUAUACCGUCAUGCAUUGAACACAGAUUCUCGGACAUGUGAAGAUGUUAUAACUGAACUGGGGUAUCCUUUUGAGGCUAUAAAGGUAGUAACUUCAGAUGGAUAUGUCCUGCUGCUGGAGAGAAUCCCCAGGCGUGAUUCACGGAAGGUUGUGUUGUUACAACAUGGAGUACUGGACUCGUCUAUGGGUUGGGUGUCGAAUGGUGUUGUUGGGUCACCUGCAUUUGCAGCUUAUGAUCAAGGUUAUGAUGUUUUCCUGGGGAAUCUCCGUGGUUUGGUUUCAAGAGAGCAUAUAGAUAAAAAUCUUUCUUCCUCCAAAUACUGGAAAUAUUCUAUUAAUGAGCAUGGAACCAAAGAUAUGCCAGCAAUAAUCGAGGAAAUUCACAAGAUUAAAACUUCAGAACUUGGCAAAAGUGGGAAUCUAGGUGGAGAGGAAACUGAAGAUCAGAACUAUAACAUAAAAAAUUCAGAGAUACAGGCUUCACAGGAUGAUGUGACAGAAGAUCAGCCUUAUAAGCUUUGUGUUGUCUGCCACAGCCUGGGUGGUGCAGUUAUGUUGAUGUAUGUGGUGACAUCAAGGCUUGCACAGAAGCCCCACAGGUUGUCGAGACUGGUCUUGCUUUCUCCUGCUGGUUUUCAUGAGGAUUCGAAUGUGGUGUUCAGUAUGGUGGAGAAGAUCAUCCUGUUUGUUGGCCCAGUACUUGCUCCACUUGUACCUGGGCUGUACAUACCAACUCGAUUCUUCAGGAUGCUUCUGAACAAAUUAGCUAGAGAUUUCCACAACUAUCCAGCUUUGGGCGGUCUCGUCCAAACCCUUAUGGGGUAUGUUGUUGGCGGCGACAGUUCAAACUGGGUGGGGGUACUUGGGUUGCCUCACUACAAUAUGGAUGACAUGCCUGGUGUAUCGUUUCAUGUAGUACUUCACCUUGCACAGAUAAAGAGGACGAAAAGAUUCCAAAUGUAUGACUAUGGAAGUGCUGCGGCAAACAUGGAAGUGUAUGGAACACCAAAACCGUUAGACCUGGGAGCUCACUACGGUCUCAUUGACAUCCCCAUGGACUUGGUCGCUGGGCAAAGGGAUAGAGUUAUCUCACCAACAAUGGUGAAGAAGCACUACAAGUUGAUGCGGAGGGCUGGUGUAGAGGUCUCCUACAAUGAAUUCGAGUAUGCUCAUUUGGACUUCACAUUCUCACACAGGGAGGAGCUGUUGUCCUAUGUUAUGUCCCGCCUACUCUUGGCAGCUGAUGCCGGUAAAGGCCGCAUCAAGCAGACCACUGUGCGACUUCGGAAGCCGAGGAGAGUUGAGUCAGAAAUCGAGAACGACUCUGCCAUGGAGUAUGGAAGCAUAGAUGAAGGGAUACCUGGUGGAACAAAUGGGCAUCGCGAGUGAUAUGUUACUUUCUAAGUAGCUGUUGUUGUACGUUAGGUUGUGCAUAGGAGUAUAGGACACGUCGGCCUCUGCAUACUUCUACACCACAUAGAAGAAGAUCUGGGGAUGGAUAAUGCACGGUUUUAAGGUUUCAUGUUUGAUGGGGAUUAGUUUUUUUUAUCCUUGUCGGAAACCAGACUGGUAUAUAUGUAUAGGUGCUGUUUAUUUGCUGCCUGACGGGAACGCAGGAAGAAGCUUUUUCCGAGAGGAACACGGGAAGCUCUUGUGCUAAAUUAAAGGAAAAGGAGAUGUUUGUACUA